GCUGCAGAAGGCUCAGGAGGAGCAUCGCUCUGUGGAAGUGGAAAAGGUGCACCUGGAGAAGAAACUGCAAGACGAGAUCAGCAUCGCCAAGCAGGAGGCACACCGGCUCCGAGAACUGCGGGAGGGCACGGAGAAUGAGCUGAGCAGGCAGAAAUACGCUGAGCAAGAACUGGAGCAGGUGCGGAUGGCGCUCAAGAACGCCGAGAAGGAGCUGGAGUCGCACUGCAGCUGGGCUGCGCCCGAGGCCCUGCAGAAAUGGCUCCAGCUGACCCACGAGGUGGAGGUCCAGUACUACAACAUCAAGAAACAGAACGCGGAGAAGCAGCUGCUGGUGGCCAAGGAAGGGGCUGAAAAAAUUAAAAAGAAGCGAAACACCCUGUUUGGAACAUUUCAUGUUGCUCACAGCUCAUCUCUAGAUGAUGUUGAUCAUAAAAUCUUAACUGCAAAGCAAGCGCUGAGCGAAGUGACGGCUGCGCUGCGGGAGCGCCUGCAUCGCUGGCAGCAGAUAGAGCUGCUCUGCGGCUUCCAGAUCGUCAACAACCCGGGCAUCCACACCCUGGCCUCAGCCCUUAACAUUGACCCCAGCUGGAUGGGCACCCCACGGCCUAACCCCUCGCACUUCAUCAUGACCGAUGAUGUGGACGAUUUGGACGAAGAGAUUGUCUCUCCCAUGUCCAUACAAUUCCCCGUCAGUCCCGUGAUCGGUGGCGAACCCGCCUGCCUCCGUGCCACAGCCCUGAUGGCAGCCCUGCAGGCG